AAAUUAAACAUGGGUCGUUCAGCAAUACUACCAUUACUCUCAUUACUUUCCCUUCUUGUGCUUCUUUCCCUCGCUUCACAAGCCUCUGCUUCUUCCUCUCCUUCUUCCUCUCGCAAUACUUUCAUCCGUUGCCUGGUAAACCAUUCCGAACCCUCUCACCCCAUAACCUCAGCCAUUUUCAUCCCGAGCAAUGCCUCUUUCUCCUCCGUUCUAGAAGCCUACAUCAGAAACCUCCGUUUCAACAACUCCGAUACCCGAAAACCAUACCUUAUACUUACCGCCUUACAUGUCUCCCACGUCCAGGCCGCCGUUAUAUGUGCUCAAAAGCACAACCUGCUCAUGAAAAUCCGAAGCGGAGGUCACGAUUAUGAGGGUGUCUCCUACAGAGCUCAGCUCCCCUUCUUCAUCCUUGACAUGUUCAAUCUCCGAUCCAUCCAGGUUGACAUAGACAGCGAGACGGCUUCCGUUCAAGCCGGAGCGAUUCUCGGUGAAGUCUACUACAGAAUCGCUGAGAAGAGUAAAACCCAUGGCUUCCCUGCUGGGGUUUGUCCCACGGUUGGUGUGGGAGGACAUAUAAGUGGUGGUGGGUACGGGAAUAUGAUGAGAAAAUAUGGUCUCUCGGUGGAUCAAGUCAUUGAUGCACAGAUAGUGGACGUUCAUGGAAGAUUACUCGAUAGAAAAUCUAUGGGUGAAGAUCUAUUCUGGGCCAUUAGAGGUGGCGGGGGAGCCAGCUUUGGAGUUGUGGUAUCCUACACAUUGAAGCUGGUUCGAGUCCCGGAGGUGGUCACCGUUUUCCAAGUUGCUAGGACCCUGGAGCAGAAUGCCACAGAGAUACUGCACAAGUGGCAGCAUGUUGCCCCUAGUAUUGAUAAUGACCUUUUCAUUAGGGCUAUCAUCGACGUGGUCAAUGGUACUGAAAAUGGGACAAAGACUGUGAGGGUCACCUUCAUAGCCUUGUUCCUUGGUGACUCCAAAAGGCUUCUUUCUAUCAUGAACGAGAGCUUUCCUGAAUUGGGUUUGAAGCAAUCAGAUUGCAUAGAAACGAGCUGGCUUCAAUCGGUGUUGUUUUGGACAAACAUUAAUAUUACAGAACCGGCUGAGAUUUUACUUGAUAGGACGCCUCAGUCACUGAAUUACUUGAAAAGGAAGUCUGACUAUGUGAAGGAACCUAUUCCGAAACAAGGUUUGGAGGGGAUAUGGAAGAAGAUGAUAGAAUUGGAGGACACAAUUCUAUAUUUCAAUCCUUAUGGCGGACGAAUGGCUGAAAUUCCGGCCUCCGCAACCGCUUUCCCUCAUCGUGCUGGGAAUUUGUGGAAGGUGCAAUAUCAAGCGAACUGGAAUGAGGCUGGGAAAGAGGUAGCAGAUCCCUACAUAGAGCUGACAAGAAAACUUCACAAGCACAUGACUCCGUUUGUGUCCAAGAACCCUAGAGGAGCAUUCUUCAACUAUAAGGAUCUUGACCUGGGCAUCAACCACAACGGUAAGAACAGCUACCAAGAAGGCAGAGUUUAUGGGGUGGAGUAUUUCGAGGACAACUUCGACAGGUUGGUUCGAAUUAAGACCGACGUUGAUCCUUCCAACUUCUUUCGAAACGAACAAAGCAUCCCUACCCUGCCCCCAAAUCGCAAGGGAUAGAUCAUAGACACACCACCCCGCCAGUUAAUUAUUUAAAUUGGCUAGCUCAUAUACGCAAACUAGACUAGUUCAGAUUGGACUGCUUUGUUUGUCUGGAUUGAUUGGCUUCUUUUCA